AUGGACUACCGUUCGGCAUCGGCUUCGUCCUCGCGGAGCGGGAACCGGUACUUUGACACGUAUGGGUCCAUCGCUCGGGACGAUGAGCGACCGGGCAUCGUGAAGCCAUCCUUUGCUUCGUCCUCCGGCUCGCACCUGCCUGCGUCCCUCGGUCUAGGUUCCGGCCCUACCGCCGCAUCCCCCCGAAACGGCCUGGGCACGCGGCCGGGAGCACUGCAUGCUGAGCGCCGCGUCCUGAGCGAUGGCAAGCUGGUAGCGCACGUCACGCCAAACCAAGGGCCCGCGUACUUUGGCAGCGGCAACCUCGCCAGCUCGACGUAUGGCAUGGCUCCCGGCGGCCUUGGGUCGGGUGACUGGCACGAAAGCCCUCGGGUGGUGCGGCGGACGCCCAUCCCAGGUUUGCCGCCUGGGGCUCAGUUGUUGGAGUCGGCCGCUCCACCCUCAGCGGCGAGAAACUUCCUCGUCCCGAUUGGUUCGACCGGAGCGCGGCAGAAACUGUCGAUCGCGAACGCGUCGCAACGGAGGAAGCUGGCCACAUCGGACGAGGUCAGAUGGCCAACACAGCUGCCGGGAGAUCCGCCUCCGACAGGGGUUUCGACCGGCAGCAGCAGCAGCGGCGCUGGCGGAAUCGCCCCGCCACCACACUUUGCCACGAUCCCACGAUCGCGGUCGGAAGGGCUCUUCAAGGUGUCGGGUCCUGACGGAGCCCGACCGUCCGAGAUCGCGGACUCCCAGUCAGCGUCCCAGACGUCGAAUGGCUUCUCGGAGAGCAUGCAUCGGCGUCUCGCCUCGUCCCAGUCGUCGAGCUCAUUGGCUUCGACGUCGACCGGGCUCAGCAACGGCGCAGCGACGCGCACUCACGGCGGCCGUUCAGAGUACCGGCGGCCGGGCUCCGCUGCCUCCACCUACACGUUUGGGACUUCAGAUGGCCCGGCAUCGGCCGCAGCUUCGCCACGCGACCCUUCCACACGACCACCAAUAAUGGCCAGGGGAAACAGUCUUCCGCCAGAAGGUACUGCGAAGCCAGUGGCGCGCGACCUGCCGGAGCGAUCCCUCACAUCGACCGAGAUCGUCCAGGCGGCGCGGGCGAGAGCCUCUGGAUUGCGGACCGACAGCCCGAUGGGAAUGUCUGCGUCGACCGCCAGACGAGGCGUGGCAUCGCCGCCAGCCGGCGCGUCGUCACAAGACCCGCAGACGCCUCCGCCACCACCGGACAAGCCUUGGCGGACUCGAGACGCGCAUGGGACCGCAAACGGCGAUGAAGCGCGGGACGCAGGCGCUGCGCAUCAGUCAGACGCUUCAUUGCCGACGACUGGGGGUCCGCGUACGCCGGGCGGCUCGCGCUUGGGCCUCAAGGGCAUGUUCAUGAAGAAGGAACCGUCGCUGGAGGACUUGUCCGGCCAACGGGGUGGUCCAACGGACAGCGAGGGCCGCGGCGGCGAGGUUCUCUCCUCGGCGGAGCUGUACAAGCGGAGCAUGCUCGAGAGGGACCUCCAGCGGCACUCGCCAGCGGCAGAGGUCGUGGAGCUGGCAAUCUCAGAGGACACGCCGACAGAAAGGGCGGCCCAGCUCAACGGGUCGGCCGAUACCGAGCCGCGGCCGUUCUCGACGCUCUCUGCACGGCCGGUGUCGCAGCGCGCCCCCACGAUCGACUUCGACAUCCCCGAAUCGAGCUUCUUCGAUUUGACCGAUGAGGCGUCCGACGGGUCGCCCGUCGCAUCGAGCCGGAAUGGACGACUUUCCUCUGGCGACAGUCGGCGCGACUACAGCACUGAGGACUCCGACCGCUCGACAGGCUCGUUCGAGGGGGCCUACAUUCACCCGGCCCUCGCUUCGGCAGACUCGCCCUCGCAGCGGCCUGCUGGCCUGCCAUCCGAUCGAGAGGUACCACUGGCAGGCUACAAGGACAGCCGAGGCGGCUCUGCGAGGGAUCCCGUGCCGCGGGCCGCGCCUACUGCGACACCGGACGGCCGGGCCAACUCUGCGCUCCGCUCGGCCGCAGAGACCAGGCCCGACGUUGCUUCCGAAUCCGCCGAAAACACGCCGAGACUUGCUGCGGCCGAGACCUUCGAAUCCGGCACGGGGACAACGCCGCACCCGGUCGUCUCUGACCUGAAGCUUGGCCAGACGCGACCUCUGGAUAGCAGCGCAUCAGCCGGGCUCGACGAUCCGCUUGCAACGCCCAAGCGAUCCCGAUCGACAGACAUCGGAGCUGGGAUGAACGCGGCGCCGGCGGUACCGGCGACGUCCAAGCACCGGGCAACGGCAUCAAACUCCUCGUCGCCUCGUACACACCCGGCAGCGCUGGGUGGACUGAGCGGUGUCGACGUCGGUCCAGUGCCUUCGACAUCGUCACCGCGUGGUGCGCAGCCGCGAGCCGCUUCGAGUCAUGAACUGCCGACUGCCAUCGGCCGAGGCCAGGCUGUCGCGGGAGGCACGCCCAUGCGCGAUCUGGCCAAGGUCUCCUUCGAGGAUGGCGACAUGAUCCCGGCAAGCGCGCCUUCCGCUGCACCAUGGCAGAGGCCGAUGGAGCCCUCGAGGGCCCUGUCGCCCGAGAUUAGGCAGAGUCGUUUCUCGGAGGCGAGCACGGAUGCCUCGGACUCGCGGACGCCAACGCGCAACGAGAACCGUCUCUCGGCUUUGGAGUCGUCCGACGUCGCCGACGAGAGCGAAGAUGCCGAGGACGAGUCGUCGAUGGACGGGCAGAUGCUGCCGAGCAGCGCAUGGACUGAGGUGGAAAACGCUCUGCGAAAGUUCCGGGAUCGCAAUCCGGCGGCCGCGGCGGAUCGCGGCAACCUGCUCCGGACGGUGUUGCUGCCCUUCCUCGCCCUCGAGGCCGAGACGGCCUCUGUUGAGGUCGUGGGCUCCGGCAUCUAUGUCCAGGGCAAGGCGCGGCGCGCUCUCUUCUUCGAGUGGAUCCGCUACCUCCUGCUCGAGCUUCAGCACGUGCAGACCUCGGCCGAUCGCGGCGCCAUCCUCGAGAGCAUCGCCUGCAUCAUCGAGAGCCGCAACUUUUCGACCGGAGUGCUGGGACAGGACGACGGCGACGAGGCGCGCUUCUCAUCCGUCUUUGGCCACAUCCUAUCGUACGCCAUCGGCGAGCUCAACAAGAAGGGCGUCUACCAGAACACGCUCAUCUUUUCGGGCCGGCUGCUGGCCGUCGCAUUCUUCCGCGUCGACGGCGUGGCGACCAAGCUGCUGCGGGCGCUCCCGGUCAACCGCUUUGCCCUCGAGCGCGUGGCCAAAGAGGCGGGUUGGCAGCAGAGCCGGCCGACGGACUUUGAAAAGUUCCGUGCCAAGUUCCCGGCAUCGCUGCGGCAGCUCUGCUUCAAGGAUGCGCGCUCGUACCUCAAGAUGCUCGACAACGAGUCUGUCUCGGCAGGCUCCGAGGUGGGUGCCGAGGACGACCGCUUCCUCGUCCGCCAGCCCGAGGUUGAGGUUGAGAUGACGGGCAACUGGCUGCGCCGGUGGCAGUCGGACGACUCGGAGCUCUUCUUCAGCUUCUGCCGCAGCUACCACCGCCAGCUCGCCUGCCUCUUUGCCAGCUCCAAGCAGCUCGAGAGCGUCAACCAGCACUUCUUCGGCGGACCCGGUUACGCCCACCUGGCCACCUGUGUGCACCAAAAGUGCCUCGCCCUCGUCCACCGCGUCAUCCUCUCGGUGACGACCCUGUCAUCGCAGAAAAACUUCAACCCCGCCGGCGAGACGGCCAACGUCCUGCUCGGGAGCACCGCCGGCAAGCCCCGCGUCCUCGAGGCCGCCAACCGCCGCUGCACCGCCAUUGUCGUCGACAUCGUCCGUGCCCCCUCUGGUGGCAACAUGAUAUUCGCGCCGAUGCUCGGGCUGCAUAUCAAAUGCCUCGUCAAGCGGACCUCGCUCUACGAUGUGCAGGGCGUCUUUUGCCUUCUCGACUGGCUCGACGGCGUCCUAGGCCACAUCGACCAGGCGGAGCUGAUCGGCGAGGGCCUCAUCGAUGUCUCGUUCGUCAUCACCACGAUCGGACUGCUGCUCGAGGAGGCGGACCAUGCGCUCGCCUUGAUGCGGACAAUCGCUUUCUGCUAUGCCAACUUUGGCGUCUUGACGGCGACCAAGGACAACCGAACGCGGUUCUGCGAAGAGAUCCUGCUCAAGCCCAAGGUGUUCAACAAGCUCUUCCUGUCGUGGUCGUUCACGAUCCGCGCCUACUUUCUCCACCUACUCGUCUUCCGCCUGGCCCGGAUCAACGACUUUCCGCACCCGCACGAUGAUCCGCAGGGCAAGACCGCGGUCAGCAUCGCCCGCCUCUUCAACCAGCGCCUGGAGGCAAUCCGCAAGAGGCACGACCAGCUGUCGCCGCUGACCGACUCGAGCUCGGACGGGGACAAGUCGGAGACUGAAGAGAAGAUGAAGCGGAGGACAGCCAGCUCCUUUGUUAGUACCAUCAAAAAGACGCCCUCGAUCACCGGUGUCGAGGCAGGCGGCGCGGUCAAGCCGAAAGCGGAACGCCUGCUCGGCUCGGGCGCGGGCGGCAGCGAGGCGUCCCGAAGGAGCGAGGAGAAGCCGCAGUCCAAGGCCAAAAACUGGCUGCGCGCGCUACGCGGCGCCAAGGGCAGCAAGGGCUCCGCCUCGAGCAAUGGAGCAGACGGCGGACGCAACAAGGCGGGUUCCAUCGACGAGGACGGCGACGAGGAUGCGCAUGUUCCUCUCUCGCCGGCGUCACUUCCCAGCAGUCCGCCGCUCCGCGACAGCGACUCUCUGUCCGAUGCCUCGACGCUCGAUGGCAGCGUCGGUCUCCUCGGCCUUGGGCCGGUCAAGCUGGCGCCAUUCGAGUUUGAGAUCUCGAGCAAGGAGGAAAAGGAGAGCAACGGCCUGGCCAACCAUAUCGCCUCGAUGCCCGUCGGCCACGAUGCGGGGAUCGCGAGCGAUGCGACCUUUGACCUGCAGAAUGCGACGCCGCAGCCGCCCACACCGGGCGCUCGCUCGUCGAUGCACUCGCCGCGGGUGUCGAAGGCGUUUUCGAGACGCAGCUCGAUGCUUCCUGGCCCGGCGUCGGAGCUGGCCGGCCUCAACGACUUUGAGAUGCCGCCGCUGCCCGAGUUUCCCGCGCACCUGUCGCAGGCCUACGAGGAGACGCUGCACGUCUACGCCGUCCAGAGCCUUCGCGAGUACGAGCAGACGGUCCAGGAGCACGACGAGUUCUUUGCCUCGUUGCCCAAGGACCAGGGCGUUCAGGUGCCGAGGCUUCCCGUCAACUGGCCGGCGAUGUGGUCUUCGACCGGCGAAUGA